AUGACGUUUCCUACCUUUCUUCUUUAUGAAUUUCUUUUGGAUUUUCAUAACGAUAGAAAAACGCUCUAUACUUGCGCAUUAGUGAAUCGAGAAUGGUGUAGAAUAACGAUUCCUCUUCUCUGGAGGAAUCCCAUAAAACUAUUACAUGGACCUGAUGAUUAUUAUCCAUAUCAUAGAUAUAGAAAUAAUCAUGUAAAACUUGUUGACACAUAUUUAUCGUAUCUUAAUAACGAAGAAAGAGCCAAGCUUAUUAAAAAUGGGUUCAAACUACCGUUAAGAAGUAACCCUCCAAUCUUUUAUUAUAUUUCUUUUCUAAGAUACGUUUCAAAUGGAGAUAUUCAAAUGAUUAGUUUAUUUUGGUGUUUAUACUUUGAUGCUAGUAAGAUACCUGUUAUAAAUCCUUUAAAUUCUUUUAGUAAUAAACGAAGGAUAAAAAUUGUUUCUAGUUUAUGGAAUUUAGUGCGAGAUAUAUUUGAGAUGUUUAACAGGAAACAACGACCAAUAACGACAGAAAUCACUCAAGUAGCUCAUGCUUCAGUAGUUCCUCCUGUAGGUGAUGACUUUUAUACAACAGAUGUAUUAUUGAAAUCUGAAAUAAUACAUCAUACUCUCACAAAGUUGAUUAUAGAGCAAUGCCCUAAUAUUAAACAUUUACAAUCAACGUCAACGCUUAUCGGUUCAAGUUCUAACAACAAUUACACGGAAAUAAUUUUAAAAUAUCCAAGACUUCAUGAAUGUUUUACUCAUUUGAAAAGUUUUGAAAGUCGAAGUAAUUUCUACAGAGGAACUUCAUUUGAUAUACUAUCUGAAAUUUGUCAUGAAUUGCGUAAGAUUGAAGUUUCUUCAUGUAAUCCAACGCAUUUAUCAACUGUUGGUGAAAAUAAAGAAAAUCCAGCAAUAAUAGAGUCACAAAAAUUAUCAAAUCUUAUUAAAGUUCAAAGAUGCUUACGAGAAUUUAUACUUUGGAAUUGUAAGUUAGGAAUUUUAGAUAUCAUCAAUUCUUUAAUAUCAACUCAACAAUAUUCGAUGCGUACACUUUCUUUUCAUCAUUGUGAUUUUCAAAAUAUAAUUUGGUUGCACGUUCUUUCUGAAUUACCAAACUUGGAGACUCUAACAUUUGAUCAAUGUAUUAACGUUUCAGAACAAACAUCAUCAAAACUUGUUCUCUCUAAUCUUAAAUAUUUGAAAUAUAUUUAUGGAUAUACUUCACCAAAUGCGUUAAUAACUUUAAUAGAAUCUACCAAAGAUAGUAUAGUAGAAUUAGAUACUGGCAAACCACAUUUUAAGUUAAAUCUUAUAACUUUUGAUCCAAGAAAAUUUCAAUUUUUAGAAUCGGAUCUUUUUAAUCAUUUGGAAUUAUUACAUAAUAUAAGAUUGUGUAAAAAUUUAAUCUCUUUAUCAACUUAUGUUUAUUCAAAUAUUCAAGAAGAUUUAUUUACUACACUUAUUAGUUUAGAUCAUCUAAAAAAAUUGGUGAUUACCGAGAUUUCUUAUUAUUCAUUGGAAACUAAGCAAAAAUGUUUAAUUUUUUCCGAAUUUUUAACAAAAUUAGCCAAUCAUUUACCAUCAACUUUACAAUGGUUACAUAUAGGAACCAAAUUUGCAAUAAGAAAGAAUAUAUUAGAAGAAUUUAAGAAUAAUACUUUAUGUAAAUUUAAAAAAAUGACAAUUUUUGGAGGAUUAGAUUGGGAUAUGGAAAAUCAAAAAAUAGAAUUUGAAGGUGUUUAUGAUGAAUUAAAUAUUGAUGAUAUUAAAAAUAGGUUGAUUCCAAAUUACGGAAUUAUAUUUUCCGUAUAA